AUGCGCCUUGCGGCAUUUAUCCUCGCCUUUGCUCUGAGGCCGGCUGGGGGUGUUGAUAUCGGAUUAUCCACCAAGUGCGUAGCCAUCCCUGAGGAAAUGGCCUUGUGUCGCGACAUCGGCUACUCGGAAAUGAGGCUGCCCAACCUCAUGGGGCACACCGGCCUGGCGGAGGUCGUCCAGAAAUCUGCCGCCUGGCACCGCCUCGUGAGCACCGCCUGCCACCCCCUCGCGAGCCUUUUCUUGUGCUCGCUCUUUGCGCCCGUCUGCUUGGACACCUUCGUCCAGCCUUGCAGAAGUAUGUGUGUCGCUGUUCGGGAUAGCUGUGCUCCUGUCUCGGAAUGCCAAGGACACCCCUGGCCCAGCAGUUUGGACUGUGAUCGAUUCCCUGCAGAUGAGGACACGUGCCUGGCAUCCCUCGGCAAAGAGUAUAAACGUGGUCUCAGAGCCUCUCCAAAGCCUAUCUGCCAGACUUGUCCAGCCAUUGAUGAGCUCCUGACACGCAAGAAAGUGCUAGACAUUUUUUGUAUUGACAAUUUUGCUGCAAAGGUGAAGCUGUCCAGGAAACGAUCUGCCUUCCAUGUUCAAGAGUAUAACAUUGACUGCCAGGUGGAAUUCAUUAACCAGGGGUUGCUCUUGCCUUAUGAUGCUUGCAGUGCGAUCAAGCAAUGGUUUCUGAUCAAUGAAAACUGCACUCGGCAAAUGAUCCACGCUCACUGUCCCAUGGUGUAUCUCAUUGUGGGGACAGCUGAGGAAGGUAAUGUCUUAGUCAACCAAGUGUAUCACUGGCAGAAGUGGGAUUACAGGCUGACCCUAGCAACAUGGAAGUGGAGACAUCGUAAAUGUGUAUAACUCUAUUAUACAACUUCCACCAUUUGUAAAUGUUUAGUGCUUCACUCUACAGUUUCAUGAGCACUCUGAUGUGCAUGCAGAAACCCUGCAUAUUGCUGGCAUCCCCUUUCACUCCAGGGGAGGGAGCUAGUCUGGAGCAGAAGACGCAUGAAUUUGUUUCUUUUUGAAAUGAAUGAAGAAGCCAAGGGUAUAAGGCUGUGUACAUAUUUGGAGUUUCCAUGCCCAGAACAGGCCAGUGAGUCAGGGCAAGGGUGUCUUGUAAAUACCAGUGUACCACAAACCACGUGUCAAGCCUUACUGUCACAGCUCUUUCUGACAUAUGAUGGAAUAGAUAAAUGUCGACUUCUUCAGUUUACUUGGUACAAG